GACCUGGAGUGUGAUCUGUAGGAAUUCUUCGACGGGCCGAGGAGAACCGGACAGCGCCGGAAUGAAGUUUCUGUAAGGAGGCUGCUGGGAGCUGAUCAGAAGAGGGGGAGAAAAGAGUUGUUUCCCUAGUCAUCCUUGUUGAACCCGGAGGUCGCCAUGUUUUCCCUGUCAGAGCUGGCGCCUCUGAACCAGCAUCAGAACAGGUCUAAAUUGCUGAAGCCAUGGUGGGAGGUCUUCAUGGACUACCUGGUGGUCCUGAUGCUGAUGACAUCUGUUUUGGCUUGCACUGAGCAGCUGUCCCGGGACCGAGUGGUGUGCAUCCCCUUGGAUCCACUUACUGCAAAUACAAGCAAUCACAGUUUAUCAGCUAGCAGCAACGUGGCACCGAGUCCAUCGUCAAAGCCUCACAGUCCACACAACAUCAGCCCAAAUCUGUACUCCGCAGCCCGGGGUCGACGUACUCACCUGGUCUACCAGCAGUAUGUGUACAUUAGCCAGGUGUGCUACCAUGAGGCUUUGCCUCUGUGCUCCCGCUUCUUUCCCUACAUGGCCUUACUGCAGUCUCUAGUGCUGGUAGCCAGCGGCUCCUUCUGGCUCCACUUCCCCCACACCUCCGCCCGCAUAGAGCACUUCCUGGCCAUCUUAGCAAAGUGCUGCGAGUCACCCUGGACGUCUCAAGCCCUGUCGCACGCUGCCCAGCAGGAGAACAUCCAAGAGAAAGAGGUGGAGAGACGACAACCCCGACCUCCUCCCUCCUCAUCUUCACCCCCAGUGACCCGCACAAGACGUUCAAGCAUAGACUCAGGCACAGACAGCCCACUCUUAAAGAGGUCAGACAGUAUGUCCUCCGCCGUAUCUCCCUCCCCGUGCCCUUCCACUCUCUCCUGUAACUCCACCAUGUCGUCUGAAUCUCUCGGCUCCCCGGCGCACUUUCCUGACUCCAAGCCGUCAGUCAUGGUUGACAGUCCCAGGCAGGUAAUCAGUCUGGAUAAAAGUGAUGGGGAGCAGGCCAGGGCGCUGUUCGAAAGGGUCAGGAAAUUUCGGUCCCACUGUGAAAGCUCAGCUGUCAUUUAUAAGGUCUACUUGGCUCAGACGAUAUUCAAAAUGCUGAUGGUGACGCUGAUCGUGAGUUACACCAUCCCACUUCUCAACAAAUUAUCCUUCACCCACACCUGCCACCCUGAGGAGCAGGCCCUGGUGGGCUACGCUACCUUCGAGUGUAUCCAUGUGCUCUCCUCACUUCUACGCAAACUGCUGGUGGCCUACCUGACCCUGCUGGGGCUGUACGGCCUGCUCAACUUCUACACCCUCAGCUGGAUUUUACACAGCUCUUUACGACAGUACUCCUUUCACUCACUGAAGGAGUUGUGCUCCCUGAGGGAUGUUCCAGACCUGAGAAAUGACCUGGCCUUUCUUCUACACAUGUUGGACCAGUACGACCCUUUGCUGGCCCAGCGCCUGUCCGUGUUUUUGUCCCCGGUCAGUGAGAGCAGGCUGAUGGAGGAAAGCUUAGAGAGGCGCUGGGGGGAGGAGAAGCUGCGUGCCAUGACUAGUGUGGACGCAGACGGCUGCUCCAGACUGCAGCUGGUGGCGCUGCCUCGCCUCCCUCCAGCCCUCUUCACCCUCAGCCAGCUUCAGGUCCUCAAACUGGAGCUCAUCUCAGAUGCCAGGUUUACUGCACAGGUAGCCAAGAUGACCUCACUCAGAGAGAUCCACCUCUACCACUGCACUGCAGCUGUGGAUCCCAGUGCACUUGGAUUCUUCCAGGAACGUCUGGAGGUCCUCCACCUCACCUUUACUCAGGUAUCAGAGAUCCCCAGCUGGGUCCUCUCCCUCCGCAGCCUGCAUGAGCUCCACCUCUCUGGUCGCCUGAGCAGUGAAGGUGGGGUAGGCCGCAGCUGGGCACUGGGGAGCCUCCGCCAGUUGCGUCACCUCCGUGUACUGGUGAUUCGAGGCAUGUUGCAGCGGAUCCCUGGCGAGUUGUAUGAGGUGGCAGGCAGUUUGGUGAGACUGGAGAUCUACAAUGAGGGCACCAGGCUUCUUGUGCUGACAGGAUUGAAGCGAAUGGUCGACCUGACAGAGCUGCUGCUGCAGGACUGCCAGCUAGAGCGUUUGCCCUCUGCACUGCUGGCUCUGACCAAGCUGCGCACACUUGACCUGCAGCAUAACAACUUGAGAACUCUGGAGGAGUUGCUUAGUCUGGCUCAUCUGCGGCGUCUCUCUUGCCUUAGACUUGCCUACAAUCGUGUUCUAGCGCUGCCGGCUAGUGUUGGUGUGCUUCGAGGCCUAGAGCUCCUGGAUCUGUCCAACAACCACCUCCAGAGCCUUCCUCCGGCGCUCUUCACUCUUCUCCGCCUGCGUAGGCUGCUCCUGGCUGGCAACUUGCUCGAAGUGCUGCCUGUAGAGAUAAAGGCACUGCAGCUGCUUACAGAGCUGGACUUCAGUGGGAACAGGCUUGAGCGCCUGCCCCCUCAGCUGUUCAGUGGUUGUUUGGAGCUGCGCAUCCUAAAUGUGGCUCACAACUCUCUUAGUUCAUUACCCAGGGGGAUUGCAGCUUUGAGUCAGUUGUGCAGGUUGGACUUGCGCAGCAACAGUCUGGAAGAACUGCCCGCCGAGCUGGGCUGCUGCUCAGGGCUGCAUGGAGGUGGUCUCCUGGUGGAAGACUGGCUGUUUCUUUCUUUGCCUCCCCAUGUCAGGGACUUCCUGACUUCAUGCCCCACCUCUGGUGCAUACUCAGACGGUCAUUCCCGGCCAGAGUCUGACAGUUUCCCAUACUUCUCUCCGACACAGUGGAGCUUCUCCUCUGCUCUGGAAUCACAGAUAUAAGACUAAUGACUAUCUGACUCCUAACAGCAUCCUAACACUGACGGUAUUCUGCCAGGCACCUUUUUAUAUAUGUAUUUUGUAUUUUAUAAUGGGAUUUCCUUUUGCAGUGCUUUUGGCUAAGUUUUUCAGGCAUUCAUUUAGAAUGUAGUUUUC